AUGUGCUAUACAGAUGUAUUAGAAUGCAUCCACUUUAGCAAAGCUCCUAAACGUAAGACCUGUCAACAUUUGCUCACCUCGACUAACCACUGCGGAUCCUUGCAAUUCAACCACUUCUAUACUCGACUCACCACUACGGAUCCUUGCAAUUCAACCACUUCUAUACAAGGAAAGAGAAACUACUUACCAGAAAAGGUCGACUCAACAUGUCCCCAACAGCUCGCCAAUAAAAAAGAGAUAAUAAGGAUGACUCACACUCACCUGCGGAUUCUCACUCAUACCGCAGAAAGGAGACUGAGGAGCACCCCCACCGAGGGGCCACAUCAACUCUCAGGAAUCAAUUUGGCCAACUUAGAGAUGAAUCUCGUAGACGCUCCCUCUCCUUUGGGAGAAAACCGAGGGCUUCAAAUAUGCACAAAUGAUCAGCUGAACACACCCUUUACCUCCCCAGCAGCACUAUCAACUCAUGUGGAUCGUACAGACCAUGUAACCAAUCAACAACUACAUGAGGAAAUACUCAGCGAUCUACAUGACGUAAGAAUGAAGUAUGUGAACGUACCUGACCCAGUGGAGCGUGAAGAACGACAUCAAAGAGUCCUAGAAGGCGAGACUCACAAUGAAAUGGCUGAAACGACUGCUUCGCUGUUAGCUCAGGCCUUGAAAUCUACCAACAACACAACCAUCACUACAGUUAAUGCAACAGUUAACACCACAGCAAGUAAUAAUGCUUUCAUGCUGCUAUGGAAACUGAAGGAAAUAUCUGUAUUACAGAAAAUGAAUCUAUAUGCCCGACGCUAA